AUCAAAAUCAAGUCUGUUUCCUUUUUCUUCUUUUUUUUUCCCCCUUUUUUUCUGUGUGCCUGUUUUUGUCGUCUACAGAAGCUGCCGAUCCAAAGGCCCGGCUCAGGAGUGAUCCCGAGUCGCCUGUAGUAUCAAGAUCAAGAUCAAAUCAAGCCUCCCGCCUCUGGCCAGCCAAACAUCAACAAAAUCUGCAUGUGCUGCCUCGACUGCUGGUGUUUCUCGUCUUAUCUCUGUUGUUACGCUCUCCAGGUAGCCGGUGACUGCUGAACAUUGUCAAGAUGGAGGGGGAGGUGUUAAUGGAGGUGCCUCAAAAGCUGCAGAUGUUGGUUCGCCUGGUUGUGCGUGGCUUCUACACUACAGAGGACAUUCUCAUCAUUGACAUGCUUGUCCGAAACUUUUGUAUGAGUGAGGAGGAUUUGUGUGACCUGCUCAAGUUUGACCGCAAGAUGCUAAGGCAGAGGAUCAGCACCCUGCGUGCUGACCGCUUCAUUCAGGCCCGUAUGAAGAUGGUCACUCUUGAGGACAAUAAGACACAGAAGGAACAGUACUAUUUCAUCAACUAUAAAAGUUUUGUGAAUGUGGUAAAAUACAAACUGGACCACAUGAGGAAGAAAUUAGAAAUGGAAGAACGAGAUCAGACAAGUCGAGCUUCCUUCAUCUGCCAUUAUUGUCAGCGAACCUACACUGAUUUGGAGGCAGAUCAGCUGCUGGACAUAACAACAGGGCAGCUGCUGUGUAUCAUUUGCAAGCAGGAGGUGCAGGAAGACAUGUCAGGGAUGCCGCGCCACGACACACGUCUCCUCCUCACUAAGUUCAAUGAGCAGAUGGAGCCACUGUUCAAUCUGCUGAGAGAGGUUGAGAACAUUAAACUGGCUGCAAAGUUCUCAGAGCCUCAGCCUAAAGACUUCAGUGACAUCAAGAAGUCAGGACAAGUCAAGCCCAAGGUUCCUGGUAGUGACAAUUCUCGUGUCUGGUCAGGAGACUCCACCAAAAAAUCAGGCUUCCAGGUUGAGGGUUCGAUAGACGUGAACAUCAAUGCAGAAGGCACAGGAGAGGAGACGGUGCAGGCCAAGGAGAAGCCCAUCUGGCUGUCUGAUGCCACCUCCCUUAUCACCACCAACAUCACCACCUCAGAUGCCACCAAUCCGCAGAGUGAGUCCAAGGCUGUGCCCUCCUCAAGCAGCCACCCACAGCAGAGUAGUGGCAACAACAGUGGGGCAGAUGACGUCAUGGUGUUACUUCAGACCCACGAGCGGCAUGCAAAGAAGGGCCAGUCUCGCCAGCAGUCUGACAGUGACUCAGAUGACAGUGGAGAUGAGGCAGCCAAGAGGAAGAAUACAGCAGCUAGACCUGUCAUUCCCAGCACUGCUCCAAGCUUUGGUACUGAAUCUAAGAACAAUCCUGAGGAUGAGGUGAUAGAGCUUGGAGACACAGAUGAUGAUGAGGAGGAGGACUCUGUGCCGCAAGUGAGUGUGGCUGGGGAACAGGUGGCCAUCACAGAGGUGAACAAUGCUCUCAUUGCCCGCAUGACUCAGGAGGAGAAGAACGCCUAUAUGCUCAUGUACCAAGACUACAUGUGCUCGCUGGAUGACUAGCCAGUAUGGAAAGAAGGAAAGCGAAGGCAGAGUGAAUAGAGGUAUCUAUUUCUUGGAUGGUAUGUGUGGGAAGGUUAUGGCUGAUUUGUUUAUUGAGUUUCAGUGACUGGUAUUUUUGUUGUGUGUGUGUGUGUGUGUGUGUGUGUGUGUGUGUGUGUGUGUGUGUGUUUCAUGAGUGAGUACAUUUAUAUACCAGUAUCACUGAAUGAACGGUUGAGAACUGCAUUUUUGUUAAUUGUUUUCAUGGACAGUAUUGCAGGUGAAUAAUGUUUUUACUUCUCUAGAUGUAAUUAGUACUAGUUGUGUAUGUAUGAAGCUGUGAGUCUUCAUUGAACAAAGGAUGGGUUGGGUUUGGACAUACUGUUGAUGUCACAUUCAAAUAUUUUGUUUGUUUCUAAGAUACAACCUUACAGCUGUGAUAAUAGUCUAUAAUGAGAACAUUGGUGUCCUGAUCAAUCAGUGAUACCUUAGUUCUUUUUUUCCAUGCCAUGUAAAUAUUAGUUUAUCCAUAGUGUAGCCUAAGACUCCUUACCAGAGUACAUAUUUUGCUAUAUUAAUUUAAUCUUUAUAUAGUGAAACUGGAAUACAUGUUUAGAUAAAGUUUUGAAUGUGCUUUUUUUGGUAUCUAAGAUGCCCUGUGGAAUAUCUCAAAGUACAAAAUAUUUCAUCAGGAUUGGGGUCAGUGGUCUUUUUGGAAGGUUUGAUAUGACCUUUGCUCAUGUGAAAGCUGCCAUUAUGUGAUUAGACAUUAGUGCAUGUUGCAGAAGGGAAAUUUUUCUUACUAACUUAUCUCUUGAGUGCAACAUGACUGCUGUUCACUCUUGUGUGUUAGUUCUCAUUGGUGCACAUUGUUCUGUGCAACAGUUGUGACAGUGGCUGUGUUGACCCUGUAGGUGAGGCUGAUUACAAUUUCAAACUCAA